UUUUUUUUUUUAAAAGCAUCAAAAGCCUACCUCAUUCGGCUUUACCGCAUUCAUAACCAUUACCGCAGGCCGCCCGCUCUCUCUCUCUCUCUCUCUCUCUCUCUUCCUCUUCAAAGUUCAAACUCAGUUACUCUCCCUCCCUGUCUCUCAUGGAGAACCGAUUCAAGCUCCGGCUCUCUCGCAUGUUCCGUUCUUCAUUCGGUUCAUGCCGGACCUCCCGAAACGUUUCAGAUGUUAUCGAGAAACCAGUGUUCGUCUCUGAAACACAUCAAACCUUCCACCUGUUCGACCCAUUGCCUCGAAAGCUUCAACCACCUUUCCCCUCCAUCUGCGCAGCCAAAUCUCCAACAAUAGCAAAGGCAACCCCGAGCAUUUCAAUCACGUGCAAAGAAUCGUUACCGAAACGCAAAGAAUCGUUACCGAGACGCAAAGUAUCGGGCCGAAAUUCCCUCCUCUUUUCGGCCGAUUUGAGGGGACGCCUGUGCCCCCCUGCCUCGCCCAUCUCGUCUCUCAACCAUUUCUGCAAGCUCCGGAACUUCGAAUCCAGAGAGGCAACGAGGAAACCGAGCAAAAAGAAGGAUAUUCAUUUGAAGAAACACAAGAAAACAGAGAGGUUGUACCCUUUUAGCUCAUCUUCAGGAGACAUUCAUGGCGGCUGCGGCUGGGGGUGGUUUAGCAGCGACGAAGACGAAAGGGAGGACGAAACAGAGACCCUUUUCUCUUCUCGGAGCCUGUCUAAUUCUGACUCUUCGGAUCGAUCUCGUCGCACCUGUUCUCGCCGUAAAGGGUACGGAGCGCGCCGGAGGAGGGCGGCGAGGAAGGAUUCUCAGUUGGGGGUUCUGCCGCUGGAUGGGAAAGUGAAGGAUAGCUUUGCGGUGGUGAAGCGGUCGAGUGACCCUUAUGGGGAUUUCAGGACGUCAAUGGUGGAAAUGAUUGUGGAAAAGCAGAUAUUUGGGGCGAAGGAGCUUGAGCAGCUUUUGCAGUGUUUUCUGUCGCUGAACUCUUCUCAUCAUCACAGAGUGAUUGUUGAGGUUUUUGCAGAGAUUUGGGAAGCUCUUUUCUCUGACUUCUCCUGCUGAAGUAAACGCAGUCCAUGUUUUCUUCUUCUUCUUCUUCUUCAUUUUAAAUUUUGCAACUUAGUUAUCAGUUUUCUUGCCGGUACAUGGUAGUGUGUUAGUCUUAAUAUGUAUUGUAAACUGGUAUUAAUGCUUAGCUAGCUAGCUAGCUUGCUUGUUCAUGAUAGAGAAGAAUGGAAGAAGAGGAUCGGAGGAUCAGUUCUUUUGCUUUUCAA